CUUUUUUGCGAUUUCCCAUGCAUUAUGACCUGGAAUGUUACAAGUGCUUCGCCAAACACACUCCCUUGCUAGAGAUUGAAAAAAGGUAUGAAGGGUAUUCUAGAUUCCUUUUGAAGGACUUGCUAUGCUUGUUGACCCUGUCAAUCUGAGCUUUAUUCUUGUGAGUUGUGACUGCAAUGAAGUUAGCAAAUAUGCUUACUGAAUACAGAUGCAUGGAUGAUGGAUCUGCUUUUAUCAUGACUUAAUGGUUGGACUAUGUAAUGGACGCAGAGCUCGGCCACAAAUUUGGAUCCCAAAUUACCCCCUGCAUGCUGAUUGAGCUUUGGUUACCUUUUGUAUUAUGGAUUAAAAUGUCUUACCAAAUUGUCAUAUUCUGGGUCUUAACACAGACUAGAUUGGGCUGAGCCUUGCCGGUCAACGGGAUUGGCUAUAGGCCAUCCGUGCGUCAAAGAUGAAGGGGACUGUUCUCCUUUUCCUUUGAAUAGCGAGAUUACAUUAGCCAUGGAUAAGGUGGUGGUUGCAAUAUCAUCUGGCAUGAAUUUUAUUUUGAGGUAUAUGGAUGGUGUUAUGGGUGUAAUAGCACUUUCUUGAGAUCAGUAACGUAGGCAUGAUACCCGAAGUUAAAUAGAGUUGGAAGAAACACCCCUUGGUUGAGUGGCAAGUUGAUGGGAUCUACUCUCUUAGAUUUAAUUCCCUCGUUUAACAAAUUUCUUUGAAGCCACCACCUCCAUGGAUCGAAAGCCCUGUAAAUGCAUGGUGCGUUCCUUUAGGGGCAUUCACUUGGGUUGAAAGUUCAGUAAUUGUCUGGUGCGUGUGAUACGCGGGGGGCUCAAGUGUCCGAAGUUUCUCGUGUAGGGUGGCCCGCAUCUGGAAUGAAUUGCUACUUAAAAGAAGAGUUGGAAGACAUUGGGCUAGGACCUUAACUUUGUUAUAGAUUUAUUGUGGCUUUAAGUGGCGUCAAAGCUCAGCCCAUAUUUAAGCCCUGCGGCGGGUCCAUAAGUUUUUUCCUUUCUAGAGGCUAGAGAAUCCGUGGUAGGUGCUAUUAUUUACUAACGAUAGAUCGUCCAGAGCUGACCUGGUAUCAUUUAUUACGAAAUUACCAGGAAGGAAAAAUCCCUCCCAUCGCCCAUUCGUAACGACGAAGCAAGAGUAGGUUUUCACCAUUCUUAUCCUUCCUUACAUAAUUCAAUAAUUCUCUUCGCAAAUUAAAAUCACCCCAAUCAACAGAGAAAUCAUCCUAGAUCUAUAGCCCUCAGAGUUACAACGAUGUCUGCUCCUUCUCCUCCAGUCCUUCCGAUCUCUAACGACCCUCCCACCACCACCGCUGUUCCUGUUGCGGCCGUUACCACCACUACCUCCGUCCAGUCCCAGCCUCCGAUCCAGAUCUCAGCGUUCCGCGCAUAUAUUUCUCAACUCCAUGAGUCCAUCCGCAAUGGGCUCUCCCAAAGGCGCCCCUGGUCGGAGCUUCUUGACCGCUCUGCCUUCUCCAAACCUGAGUCCGUUGGAGACGCUUCACUUCGUAUCAGGAAGAACUACUCGUAUUUCCGCGUUAAUUAUCUGGCGGUAGUCACUGUGAUUUUAGCAUUAUCUCUUUUGACCAACCCUUUCUCCCUCCUGCUUCUGCUGGGCCUUCUCUCGUCCUGGGUUUUUCUCUACCUUUUCCGACCGUCUGAUCAGCCACUCAUCCUCUUUGGCCGUACCUUUAGCAAUCGUGAGACUCUCGGGAUCCUUAUUCUGCUCAGCGUCUUCGUCAUCUUCCUCACAAGCGUUGGAUCUGUGCUUAUCUCUGCCCUCUUGGUCGGUGUGGCACUCGUGUGCGCUCACGGGGCGUUUAGAGUUCCCGAGGACAUGUUUUUGGAUGAACAAGAGCCUGCUGCCACUGGAUUCCUCUCCCUCCUUGGUGGGGCUGCCUCCAACGCCGUCACCGCUGCUGCUCCUGUAGUUGCUGCCGCUCGUGUUUGAGGAGAUUUGGCUGGUGGAAUUUCACGGAAUCUUUGGAUCUGGUGAAUCAGGAUCUUGUUCGCUGGGUAUACCUCAAGACAUUUAAAUUUUUGGUUGACAAUAAAAUAAAAGUAAAAAUGUUUAGAUCUGGGAACAUAUAUAGUUGUAUCUUCUUUAUGCUCUUCUGAAUAGGAUUCAAUACCUUACAAGUAUUGGAUCUAUAAAUUCUUUUGCUUCAUUUGAUUACAAUGGUAAUGUGUAAUGUGAUCUCAUAAUGGUGUUAACAUUCAUCUCA